GCCUUUCGACAACCUGUAACUAAAAUCUCCAUAACCGCUACACGUGACACUCUGGUUUGGUGUGGACCCUUUUGCCACCCUUACCGAUUCGGAACUUCUCGUAGCACGUAAUGACGCAAAACUAUUAAGCUGUUUGGUUACGCGCACCAACACGUUGUAACACCUAACGGUGGAGUCACUUGGCAGGUCGCAGGUCACACGGAAUAAAACUUUGCGCGGACCCUUGCGUAUAUUUCAGGUGUUUAAAAACAAUGGAGAAUGGUGAGGAAGGGAGAACAGGUGAAUCAGAGCCAGUUCGUCAUACACAGCAACUGUGCCGCUUCUUCUCUCAAGGGAGACACUGCAGUUUUGGGAAGAGAUGUAAAUUUCUACAUGUAAGAGAUGACACCAGUGCUCAAGUGAUGAAAACAGUCAGGACACCCAGCCAGUCAAAUGCCACACGUCCAAACUCAGAGGAUCCUGGAGGAAAUGUAGGGCAAGGGCCUCUUCCUGCUAAUAACUCUAGGGCUGGCCCUUCAGCUGGGCGCCGCCCAUGUCGCUACUUUAUCUCAGGCCACUGCACCAUGGAGGACAGGUGUCGCUUCUGGCAUCCACCUCAGCUCCCCCCGGUGGAUGAGCUGCCUGUUUCUGGCAGUCAGACAAGACCCGCUCAGAGAAUGCCACCAGUAUCCCGCCCCAGCAUCCUCCAGGACGUCAGGCUGUGUGAUCUGACAGAGGAUGUCGCCAAGCAGCUACGAGACACCGAAAUCAAACAGUUGAAGAAGCGUUUUCCCAAAGACCAGCUUAUUGUUCAGGAACGCAGUGAUGGCAAAGUUACUUAUUACAGGGUGACUGUAGAGGCCACUGAUCCAGACUGGCCUUUUGAUCUGAAAGAAACUGACAUCAUGGUGAGCUUCCCAGACAACUACCCACAGGAGAUAUUCACUUUGGAUAUACCAUUGGAUCAGGAUCUGCCACCAGUAAUGGCAAGACAUGUACAACAGGCAUCUUUGGAGUGGCUUCAGGCCAAGCAUGCAACCAAUCAGCUUCUGGGAAAGGCAGAGCUGCUCUUUCGGCCUUUUCUUCGCUGGCUAGAUCGCAGUUUGGAGAGACUGUUCACUGAAGGAGCCAGGCAGUUGAAAAAAGACGUUGACUUAGAGAAGGCUGGACUGCAGUUUAUACCAUACCACGAGCUGCAGACAACAGUGUGUGAAAAAUCAGAAAAUGAUCACUCAUCUCACCGUGCCUCUGACUCCACUGCUGCUGCAGAUUCAGAUGAGGAUGCCAGCAAUGACGGAAAACUGGAAAAGACAGAAGGCGAGAGGUCAGUGGAGGGAAGAACGCCUUUGCAUCCAGGCUGUGAUGAUGAGCAGCAGCAGCAAGAGGACGCUUGUCAUCUGGUGGAGAACAUUAAGAUCAGUGAUCCCCGCAGAGGCACUGAGGUGAAGGUGCUGGGACUGAGGCUGGGAGAGAACACAGCCACCGUAGUCGCCCAACAGAUUACAGUUUGUCUUCAGUGUAAUAGGUGUAAGGUAACUGCAGACCUGACACUCACUGGAAGGACAGCCUGCACAGCUCAGUGUGAUAAGUGCAAUACAAGCAUCAAUGCUGCAUUCAGGCCCUGCAUGCUGCACCAUUACAGUGAUGUCCUGGGAUACCUGGACCUUCACAACGCUGCACCUGCUGACCUCGUGCUUCAGGACUGUGAACUUAUUGUGGGCUGCCUCAGCUGCUCCCAGGAGUGCCUUGUGCAGAACCUUGCCUAUGGACAAACAAAGGAGUUUAAUUGUGAACACUGCCACAGCAAACUCAGUAUCCUGGCUGAGAGCACAAGAUUCCAGUAUAUUCAGCCACGCGCCCACAAAACAGUUUCAAGUGCCGUUAAUUAUAAGACGAUUAGAGACCCUGCUGUCCAAAAGGGGAAGCCACUGCCGGAAAAGGGAACAUGCAAACAUUACAAACAAAGCCAUCGCUGGCUAAGGUUUCCCUGCUGUGGCCGGGCUUACCCCUGUGAUGUGUGCCACGAUGAGGACCAGGAUCACCCCAUGGAACUCGCCACCAGGAUGAUCUGUGGCUACUGUGCCAAAGAACAGCCCUACGGCAAUAGAAAGCCUUGCCUCAGCUGUGGGAGCAUGAUGACGAGAGGCACAGGCACAAGACACUGGGAGGGAGGACUGGGAUGCAGAAACAGAGUCAAAAUGUGCAGAAACGAUCGACAAAAAUAUGCCAACACCAACAAAACGGUUUCAAGGAAGGCAGCCAGUGAAAAGAAGUAGCUGGUGAAGAAAAGCAUUAUUGCAUUAGUUUGUGAACAGAUAUUAUGACACAUGAACCAUGGUUUCAAUGAAAUUGUCUAUUUCCCCAAUAAAUCAUGUUGUUAUGAUAA